AUGCACGAUACGACAUUGACGGCAUCUACAUUGACGGCAUGGGUCAAUGUAGGAUCAGUACCGUGCAUCUGGCGCCUGCGCCCUGCUGCGGAAAAAAGAGUGAUCAACUGCUUACGCGCCCAGAUUAUGGUUAUGAUGCGCGCUGCGGCCGCGUCAUCCCUCAAUUGUGACGGCUCACCCAGGGUGCUAGCACAUGUAAUGCCACAAACACACACCCUUCGAUUGACAUUUCCCUGCCCCGACUACAUGUUCGGCUCUCACGAACCUCUCUCUCUUCCUCUCUUGCUCUGUCUCCCUCUCGCUUUUUCUCCAUCGAUGUCUACCACUCCAAUUUCCUUCGGAUUCUUCAUCCAAAACUACACAUCCACCUGGACUAUCAACAAUCAAGCCAUCAGAGACUUUAACAGCUUUUGA